AUGAUGAUCAGCAAGACCAACUUGUUGGUGUUUGCCACCAUUGCCAACUUUGUGGCCAUUGGCACUCUCAUGGCCCUGCCCAAGAAUCAGCCUGGAUCUACUACUGUCAGUAGUGGUAUUGAUGGUAUUGAUGGUAUUGAAGCCCCCAAGGCUGCCCCCAUUGAAGCUGUUGCUGUUGUUAGCGGAGUUCCAGCAGUCCAAAGACGCCGUCGUUUGGAUGAUCCCGGAACUUCUGCCGAAUCCGUGGAACGUGGUUUUAGUAUCCCUUCCCCUACCACUCCGGCUCCUUCGGCAGCUCCUCAAGAUGCUCCCACUCCCGACAGUAGUCCCACUACCGACACUACGACCAACCCCAAUGAAGAAAUGGAAGAAAAGAAAUAUUACACUGCGUGGAUGUCGGACAUGCAGGUCAGAUACCGACGAUCCGGUAUUGUCCGAGAGGCUAACAUCUACCUAGAGGGACGUCCUGAACGUCUUCGAUUCAGAAUCUACAAGGACUUUGUUCGUGUAGACAUUGAUUGGAGGGCCAAUCCGGAACACUACAAGGGAGCUAUUGGGCUCUUGGGAAGCUACGAUUUGGGUGGCAAACGGGUUGCUAGAGAUGGAAAGACAUACAUCCACUUGCAUACCGAGUUUGGACAAGAAUGGCAAGUACAGGAAGAUGAACCCAAACUAUUCCAUACCUACGAGGGAGCCACUGUGUCACCCAACAAGUGCAUGCUGCCAGAGUACAAAAACAAACAGGAAUGGAAGGCGUCCCUUCGACGUCGACUUGCCGGAGGUCUCACCAAGGAACAAAUUGAAAAGGCAUGUGCCCAUGUCGAUCCUGGUGAACGUGAUGAGUGUAUCUUUGAUGUCACUGCCACUCAAGAUUUGGAAAUGGCCAAUGUUUACUAA